AUGGUCAUUGUUACUAAAGAACAAGCCUUAUGUGUAUUUUAUUGUGAGCCGUUAACCAAGUUUAAUGUUGAGAAAUUUUCUAAAAUCAUAGAAGAUUUGGAAAACGUCGAAAUCUGUUAUUACGACGAUCCCAAAAGACCAUUUCUACAAUGUACAAAAAAACAAUUUACUCGCAACCCUUUGAAAUCCAUACAUAUAAAACUUGUGCAACUUUUAAACCUGAUCUACCUUCCUGACGAUAUUAUCUAUGAAAGACAACUCUUGUCAAUGAAAGAUAUUUUAUCGAAGGUGUGGGAAUAUUCGAGUUUAUUUGAUGGCGACAACUCUUCCUCUUUCAAUAGAUUUGUCUCCAUAAACAGCAACUCCAAUGAUUCGCUUAUUAAAAGAGAUUCCAAUCCCAACAACAUUAUAAAGAAAUUGAAAUAUGUGGAUGCAGAUAUGCAAGAACUCUUAAAAUUUGUUGUGAUCAACUCCAAGAUUUGCCUGGUCACUCUUAAUUCAAACGAUUUAAAAAACUUUAUCAAGUAA